GACGGAGGGAAAGCACACACUGAGCUGAGCACCUGCUGAGCACAUCAACAGCAAGAGACAAAGACGCUGCAAGACAACAACAACAAAAAAAACUGUCACCUGUUACCAUGAAGGCCACACUCGCAACCAUCGCUGUGAUCGUCCUGGCUCUCAGCUGCACCUCUGAAGCCGUGCAAGUUGAAGAGAAUGGAUUGUCUUUCUCCCUCGAAGCCGUCAAGAGACUUCAGGAGCUGUCAGGGGGCAGUGCUGCAACUGAGGUGCAAAACCCUCGUCUCAGAGCGAGCACCGUGUCCCUGUGUGCCGACCCCAUGCUCCCUCAAGAGUUCCUGCCCCUCUGCAGGCAGAGAGGAGCGUCUGCAUCCCUCACCAGACUAGCUGCAGUUCCCAUGGACGUCUGUGAGAUCUGCGCCUUUGCCGCUUGCACUGGCUGCUAAGCAAACAAACCCAGCAAGCCAGAAACAUCUCGCCCAGCUUAAGACUUGUGAUUUUUCUUCCUUCCCCUCAAAACUGUUUCAGGGAACUUAAAAAACAUCUGCCAGCAGCGAUGAGAGUAUGACUCUUGUUCCCUGAAUACAGAGGUUCUAACUCAGGCCCGUAAGACUAAAACUAAACCCAAAAUGAAAAAGAAAACCGGAAAAUCAGACAAACUGAAAACUGUUACUUUGUAGAAUAUUAACCACUUUGACGGUUAUACUCAUACUUUUUUUUGGAAUUGACAUUCUUUGUUACAUUUCUGUCUUACCACGCUUUGUAUAUGUAUUUAAAAGAAAAGUUUCUUUUUCAUUUUUCCUUUUUUAUUUACAUUGUUUGAAUAAAAAGCUUUCAUUGA